GUGUAACAUAAAUUUAAGCAUGAGAUCUAAUCAAGAAAAUAUUUGAAAGCAUGUGUAAAUUGGCUACAAUUUCUGUUUAACAUAUAAUAGCAUCACAAAUUAAAAAUGCUUUAUAUCUCCAUGUACUUUAACCUCGCCUUAUUAGGAACAACUGACCAACUCUCUGGUGCACGACAUGAAUGCAAUUAAUUAACCAUGUUUCAACCAAACACUAUUGAAUAACCUCCUCGGUAGCUCGUUCGACGUACAGGGAAGGGAAUUCUGUUAUAUAUUUAGUUUGAAUUAAGCAACAAAUUCACACAUAUUAAUUAUAAUCAUGUUUCCCAUGAAGAAAAUGAGUGUUGUAGUCACAACAAUUUCCUUACUAAUCAUCGCUUCGUGUCUGAAUAAUUAUGCACAAGCCACUGACUAUAUUCAUCAGCUAAGGCUUAAGGCAGCUAAGCAUAAUAUGACAUGUGUAUUAGUGUUUGGCGACUCGAGCGUUGAUCCCGGGAAUAACAACUAUAUCUCAACUUCCAUCAAGAGCAACUUUUUGCCGUACGGAGAGGAUUUCUUUAAAGGCCGUCCUUCCGGAAGAUUCUGCAAUGGAAGACUCGCCACAGACUUCAUUGCGGGGGCGUUUGGUUACACGAAUUUGGUGAGGGCAUUUCUUGACCCUGCUAUUACCAAGAAAGACUUGCUCCACGGAGUUAGUUUUGCUUCAGCAGAUUCCGGUUAUGAUGAACUCACAGCCAAUCUCUCGAAUGUUUUAUCGAUAUCGAAGCAACUGGAUUACUUGAGACACUACAAAAUCCACCUGAGAAACAUUGUUGGAUCAACAAAAGAAUCUGAAAAGAUUGUCAAGAAUUCAUUAUUUAUACUUAGUAUGGGAACAAAUGAUUUCCUACAAAAUUACUACGUCGAGCCUACUCGUUCGCACCAGUACACCGUGGAACAAUACGUGGCCUAUCUGAUUUCGUGCAUGCGAACUGCCAUCAAGACGAUGCAUUCUCUAGGCGCGAGGAAACUUGUGGUGGUCGGAGUUCCACCGCUAGGGUGUAUACCGCUUGUCAGGACGCUACGCGGCGAGACCAAAUGCGACACCGACUUAAACAAAGUCGCGUUUUUGUUCAACUCGGAGAUAAAAAGGGAACUAAAAACGAUGAUGGAAGGAUCUACUUCGUAUUCGCCUAAGAGUACUUUUUUGGAUAUAUACAGCAUCAUACUAAAUGCAAUUGAGAAACCACAAAAAUACGGUUUUACGGAGCCUUUGAAGGGAUGCUGUGGGACAGGAACAUAUGAAUAUGGGGAUACAUGCAAGAAUUUGAGCACGUGCCAUGAUCGGACAAAAUAUAUAUUCUGGGAUGCUGUUCAUCCCACUGAGAAAAUGUACAAAAUUGUUGCUGACGUGGCCGUGGAACUCCUCGUCGAUUCCAUUUUCAUAAACAUGAAGACAACGAGUGUACUCAUAGUUGCAGCAAUUUCCUUAACAAUCACUUUGUGUCUGAAUUAUGCACGCGCCACCGACAACAUUAAUCAUCGGCUAAGGCAUAUAGCAGCUAAGCAUAACACGACAUGUAUACUAGUAUUCGGCGACUCGAGCGUCGAUCCCGGGAACAACAACCGUCUCUCCACUCCCGCAAAGAGUAAUUUUUUACCCUACGGUAAAGAUUUUCUCAUUAACGGCCGACCUUCCGGAAGAUUCUGCAACGGCAGACUCGCCACCGAUUUCAUCGCGGAGGCGCUUGGUUACACGGAUUCGGUUAGGGCAUUUCUCGACCCUGCUAUUACUAAAGAAGACCUGCUCCACGGAGUAAGUUUUGCGUCAUCUGGUUCCGGUUACGACGAACUCACAGCCAAUAUCUCGAGCGUUCUAUCGAUAUCGAAGCAGCUGGAUUACUUGAGACACUACAAAAUCCACCUCAAAAACCUCGUUGGAACAAAAGAAUCUGAAAAGAUCGUCGAGAAUGCAAUAUUUAUACUUAGUAUGGGUUCGAAUGAUUUCCUACAAAAUUACUACGUCGAGCCUACUCGUUCGCACCAGUACACCGUCGAACAAUACGUGACCUAUUUGAUUUCGUGCAUGCGAAAUGCAAUCAAGAUAAUGAAUUCUCUAGGGGCGAAAACGGUAGUGGUGGUCGGAGUUCCACCGCUAGGGUGUAUGCCGCUAGUCAAAACGCUCCGUGGAGACACCAAAUGCGACUCUGAGUUAAACAGAGUGGCGUUUUUGUUCAACUCGGAGAUAAAAAAGGAGUUGAAAAUGAUGGAACGAUCUAAUUCAUCUCCGUCGUCUAAAAGUGUUUUUCUCGAUAUAUACAGCAUCAUACUAAAUGCUGUCGAGAACCCAACAAAAUAUGGUUUUACGGAGCCUCUGAAGGGAUGCUGUGGAUCAGGAACAUACGAAUAUGCGGACACGUGCAAGGGUUUGAGCACGUGCGCUGAUCGGACAAAAUAUAUAUUCUGGGACGCAGUUCAUCUCACCGAGAAAAUGUACAAAAUUGUUGCUGAUGCGGCAGUGGAACUCCUCAUCGGUCACAUUUUCUAAGUACCGUAGCCCGCAAUCUAUUUUUUUUCCGACUACUUAAAAAUAAAUUAGAAAACAUACGGACGCGACGCUAUUGUUCGGAAUUGAUUAUUAUUAAUAUAGAUUAAUUAUUAUGUGUACGUUAAUGAUGAAUCAAUAGAGCAUCAAUUACAGGGC